AUGUUAGAAGCUAAACUUAAUAAUGCAUCUAUUUUAAAAAAAUUAUUUGAAUGUAUCAAAGAUUUAGUGAAUGAUGCAAAUGUUGAUGCUGAUGAAACCGGAUUAAAAUUACAAGCAUUAGAUGGAAACCAUGUAUCUCUAGUUAGUUUACACUUAUUAGAUUCUGGUUUUUCACAUUAUAGAUGUGACCGUGAAAGAGUUUUAGGUGUAAAUAUUGCAUCAUUAAAUAAAGUUUUUAAAUUGUGUGCUGCUAACGAAUCCGUUGUUAUAUCUAGUAAAGAUGAUGAAGACAAUCUUAAUUUUGUAUUUGAAAACAAUAAAGAAGAUAAAGUUACUAAUUUUUCUCUAAAAUUAAUGUCAAUUGAAUUAGAUUCAUUAAAUAUACCUGACUGUGAAGAAGGUUUUGAUGCAGAAGUAGAAUUAAGUAGUAAAGAAUUAACCAAUAUUUUUAGAAAUUUAUCUGAAUUUUCAGAUACUGUCUUUAUUGAAAUAGAUUCAAAUAGUAUUAAAUUUACAACAAAAGGAUUAGUAGGUGAUGCAGAAGUUGCAUUAAAACCAAGGGACUCAACAAGCGAAGAUGACAUAGGAGUUAAUAUAAAAUCAAAAAAAAAAAUUAAACAGUCAUUUGCUAUCAAAUAUUUAAAUUUAUUUUCAAAAUCUAGCAUUUUAUCAGAUGUUGUUACUUUAGGAUUAAGUGAUAGUAGACCAAUUGAAUUUAAAUAUGAAAUAAAAGAUACAUCACCAGACGCUGAUACUUUAAAAAUUGGUUUCGUUAAAUUUUUCUUAGCUCCAAAAAUGGAUGAUGAUAUGGAUAAUAAAGAUUAA